AUGUUUACUCAAGCUUCUGGCGAAAAUCAGCUGCUGCGGAACUUCGUGGACGACGAGGUGGGAAGCUUGGUGGUGGAGAACCUGGCCCCCAAAGCCUCCCAAAGGGUGAAAGAUGCUGAGGGAAGUGAGGAAAAGCAUGCAAGUUCCCCGAAGUCCUUUGCACCUCCGCUACCUGUCCAGGAUGCACCUCAGGUGAAGCCAGCAGAGACUAAGGUGACACCAGGCGCAUCUCCUGCUCAGGUGAAAUCAGAACCGAAGACGCCAGCACCUGCUCUUGGCACGCCUUCUGAAUCUCAUGGAGCAGUUGUUCCAGCCGUGAUGGACGUGAACGCGCCGAAGGUGGAACAGAAUGUGCAGGUUGUCCCAAUGGUGGAACAGAAUGUGCAGGGUGUUUCCAAUGGACAUCAACAUCCUGGUGAUCCCUCUUCUACAACUCCAGCACCAACCAGUGCUGGGAUCUCUCCGAAUGAGGAUGAGCCAAAGUUUUCAACCCCAGAUGCCAUCAACAAGGAGAUUGAAGUAUCCAAGGAGGCUGCUAGACCUCCAUCCGCAUACCUAGGUUGCCAAAGCCCAAAGGAGGCUGCUAGACUUCUACCGCAGAACCCAGGUAAGGCUGAGAUCGCCAAGGAAGCUGUCAGACCUCCACCGCAGAACCCAGGUGUGGAAACGAUCCGCUCUGGCUCACCUGAUCUUCCACUCCUUGCCGCUUGGGAGCGUCAACAAGGGCCGCUGAUUCUUGGAGACUGGCUGCUGUUGGUCGAACCAAUCGUUGCCGACCUGUCGUUGUCAGCUGCUGAAUGGUGGAAGGCCUUGAUCGACGCCUCCGAACAAUGGUACAAGCGGCAUGUUAGCGUCAGUCCGCUGGCUCAUCAAGCAUCCCGUGGGGGAGUAUCAGAGAAACAGAACCUUUUGCGAAACUUGGAGGAGCCCCCAGGGAUACAGAAUGUGCUGGAUACCCCACAAAGUUUGAGAAGGUGGCUGAGAUGGAGAAAUCGUGCAAAGGAGAUUGGAGCCGUCGCUCCUGACCCGGCCUUGCAAUUGAAAGGGCUGCUGCGCAUGACAAGAAAACUUUUGCAAGCCCACAGGGAACUGCAGUUCCGAGUUUCUUUAGUGAGGCCUAAAGAAGAAGAAAAGGGAGAAUCGUCUCCUCAAAAGCCGCGCGUUCAGAAGGUCGUUGACUACGACUUCUACAUCAACUUCUUCGAGCUCUACUGGAACUACGUCAGAACCCAAAGUCUUGUCGAUUCUGGUGCUACACAUCCACUUCGUCCUCGACGUUUGGGCGAAUCUGAUGGAGACUGCAAGACCGUGGCCGUGACCUUGGCCCAAUGGAGAAUCUACGUCCUUGCAGGUGACGCGUGGUGGAGUCAUGAUCACCGAACUUGUGGCAACCGGCCUGAUUGGCUUCUCUUCCUGGCUGAUGUGAUGGUGCGCAAAAGAAAGUGGCGUCGUGGCACUUUUGAAGUCUCCACUGAAACCGUGAAGUACCUGUGCCCUGCUCCUGAAGACCACGGCCACUGGACCCUUCCAAAAGAUGAGCCACCACGCAUCACCAAGAUGAUCAUGAAACCUGCUCACCUUCCACUGUCCGAAGAAGGUUGGGUCGCCAUUGAGAAAGAAACUGUGGACGCACUGGUGAUUAGAAGAAGGAUGAUGAGAGGCAAAUCAGCGAGUAGAAAGAUCGAGGAGGAAAGUGAGGAUGAAGUUCAAAGAGAAGAAAAGACAAAGGGAGUGCAUCUUCUUCGAAUGAUUGAGGAGGAAAUGUGCACCAUGGUCGACGAUGACCCUGAACUUGCACUUGAAGAACUGAUGGUUUUGGGAAGUUUGAAGAAAAUGGUGGUUUUGCCAAACGAAGAAGAGGAGAUCUUGGGCAGACACGAAUUGUGUCGCCAAAGGAGGUUUAUGGAGGUUUCAGAAAAUUGGGAGGUGAACUAUGAGGGGAAAAUCAAGACCUUCAACUUGGAACCACUUCAAUCAGAACCCAAUCUGUGGAGACUUUGUGCUGGAGAAGAUGAAAGGACCUACGGGUUGUUAAUGACGUAUGUCGAUGACAUCUUGGUCGCGGCCCCAAAGAUACAAGGAACUUGGACUACGUCGGUGCCAGAGCCCGUCUCUGGCCCUACUCGUUUUCUUGGAAUGGAACUCACCAAGGUCUACAACGAAAAGAUCCAGCGUGAUGAGGAUGAGAAAGUGAAACCGAAGAAGAUUCCGCUGUCAAGGGAUCAAGCUGCGAUGGAGCCAAAAGAAGAAUCUCCGUCAAUUGGGAAGGUUCGCCUGGCGCAAAAAGCAGUUGGAGAAGCGCUAUGGCUAACCACAAGAGCUCGUCCAGAUCUCAUGUACGUGGUCUCAAGGAUGGGAUCAGCUGUGACUCGUGCUCCUGAGGCUGUGAUCCAAGCAAGCAACCAGCUCACGGGGUACCUCUCAACCACAGCCAAUGAUGGAUUGAAGUUUGAAGUUGAAGAAGGCGAAAACCCAAUCUUGACCGUCUCCACAGAUGCUUCAUUUGCACCUGACUCUGAGGAAAGCCAUGGCUUCUUCGUUGUCCUUUUGGGCUCUUCUCCAGUUUUUAAGAGGUCUGGCCGGCAAGGUUUUGUGACAUUGUUGACAGCUGAAGCAGAGCUUAUUGAGAUCAUCGAGGGCAUGGUGGCUGGUGAAAGUGAGUUCAUGGUGGCCGACAUUGGAACGAAGCCAUUGACCGCAGCACGAUUUGAGUUUCUGAAGGUUUGCAUGGGCAUGGGAAAGCUAGAAAGUAAAAGUGAAGCUGGGGUUGAAGAAGGAAAAGCAAGAAAAGAAGGAGAGAAGAAAGAAGAAAAGAAAGAACAGGACGGCCAGCUCGCCAACAAAGAAAAGAAGCGCCUGGCAGAAACAGCUCAGGUCCUACGGCUGAUCACCUUGGCUGCGUCAAUUGCAGUCACCAAAGCGGAGGAAGAGAAAGAAGCGGGAGUUCGUGCCCUCAGGAGCCUUUGCUCUGGCUUGGCACGCCGUGAGCAGGGCGUUGCUGGCGAAAGCCGUGCAAGUCUGAGGCGCAGGACCGAGCGCAGCCCUGAGCCCCGUGAUACUCGGGAAUCACUGCCGAGGAGGAGAUCAGAAAAAUCAGUGAGACAAGCGCCCAAAAGAGAGGAGCCAGAAGAGGAGGAAGCCCAAGAAAGUGAGGAAGAGGAAGACGAGCGUCGACGCCCCGCAAAGAGUCCAGAUCAUCGCCCUGUAAAAGAUCCACAUCAUCGUCCACCAGAGCCUGAAGGGCCACCGCCUAGUCCCCGCACCUCUGGGAAACCCCGUGAGGAAAAGCGGAGCUCAGGAAGAGAAGGCGUCCUGCUACACAGCGUGGAGGCAGGAAGCAUCAGCGCUUCCGAAGGCCGUUUGAGCUGGGGAAUCUGGGCAAGUGAAAUGGGCGAGUACGUGAGUGGGGCGGAAGUGGACGUAGAGGAGCUUGCACGAUGGAGCAGCUUGGAACCGCGUGUGGGCACCCUGUUGGAGGUGCAUCUACCAACCAGUUCCAUGGCCGCGGCUGGAGACGAUUGGGCUUUGUUUUUCAUUUUGCGGGUGGAGCCCCGUUUGGAUGGCAGUCACGCUUUGGCCUGCCGCUUGCUGGGUUGUUCAGAUGCAAAUUUGCCACCCGAUCUUCAACGCUACGAGAUGGAUGGGGUCAUCAUGGUGCACCUAUGUCUCAGCAGACCUUGUGUGGACCUCGACCCUGUGGUUGGCUUGCAUGUCACCCGCAUCAGACUCUGGGACGUAGAAGAUCUCAGGGACUCAUGCGAGUAUGUUCCAAAGCGUAUGUGGGCCGAGCUCAAGAAGUGGGAAAAGGCUUUGGGAGGAACAGCUUCAGACCCCCCGAAGAAAACACCUCGGGCAAAGGGCAAGACACCCAAAGCCAAGGCAGACAAGGCCGAACCUCGGCGCGCCGCCGCUAUCAAGCCUGGAGCUGGCGACCGCCGCGCUCCUGGCCUCGGCGAGGACAUGCGGAAAGAACUCCAACGGCGUUUGCAGAAUGCCAAAAUGAAGAAGGGAGAUGGAGAAGGCCGAACUGGCGUGGCAGAGGCUGGGGUGGAUUUAGUAAGGUUCUUUGCGCUGAUUGGUGGUGCUUCUAUGUUUUAA